UUACAAUCCCAAUUAAAAAUGUAGAAAAGAAAACAGACAUCUUCUCUCUUUCUUUUUCUUUCAUAUCUUUAUCUUUUAAAAAAUAAAGUAGGAUGCACUCUCCCUUUAACACCACAAAGGAGAAGUGGCACUUUUCUUUUCUUUUCUUUUUUGCUCUUUCUUUAUUACCCAUCUUUUUUCUUGGAUUCUUUUAUCAUCCUUUGCUUUUGAACUUCUCCUCUUUAUGUAAGGUAAAUGAGGUUUACUUUCCCCAAAUGAAAGUGCAACUUGUGAAUUUUGUUUUAAAUGCAUCUCAGCUCAACCCCAGAGUUUCAAUACUUAAUACUAACAAUUUCCCGAAAACGACCAUACCUCAUUAGAAUUUCAUGUUAGAAGGUUACACUAAUUUGUUUCUACUACAGUGGUUAAAUUAAUCAUGCUUUCUGCUUAUUCUUUUUUUUUGGGGGGUGGGAGGUCACCUUGUUGUUUUCUUGCUAUUCAGGAGCUGCUUUAAGUCAGACACAGCAUAGUCUGCUGGCUUUCAAGCUGAGUAGAUACCAAUGAAGCUCCAAUCCUCCACUUCUACACUUGCUUUCCUCUUCUUCAUUCUGUGUAUUGUUCCUCAGAUUAUUGCUGAUCUCAACUCUGACAAACAAGCACUUCUUGAUUUUGCUGCUGCCGUUCCCCAUAUCCGAAAACUUAACUGGAAUACUUCUAUAUCGGUAUGCUCCUCUUGGUUUGGAGUUACUUGUAACUCAAAUGGAACUCGAGUUAUGGCUAUCCAUCUUCCAGGUGUUGGACUUUAUGGCCGCAUCCCAUCCAACACCCUUGCAAGGCUUGAUGCUCUCAGGAUCCUCAGCCUCCGGUCGAACUACCUUAAUGGUCAUCUUCCUUCUGAUAUUCCUUCGAUUCCAUCCCUUCAAUUUCUAUACCUCCAACAUAAUAAUUUCUCUGGUGCCUUUCCUGCCGCCCUCUCCCUUCAACUCAAUGUCUUGGAUCUUUCUUUUAACUCUUUCACAGGCCGCAUUCCAGCCACUGUUCAGAACUCCUCACAACUCUCCGCUUUAUACCUUCAAAACAAUUCAUUCUCUGGAGCAUUACCCAAUAUCAACCUCCAAAAACUCAAGGUUUUGAAUUUGAGCUUUAACCACUUUAAUGGCUCUAUUCCUUAUUCUCUCCGGAACUUUCCUUCUCAUUCUUUUGAUGGAAACUCUCUAUUAUGUGGACCACCUCUCAAAGAUUGCUCUUCUAUCUCUCCCUCACCUUCCCCUUUGCCUCCUUCUCCGACUUACAUCGCUAGCUCCCCAGCAACAUCUCAAAUUCACGCUGCCACUUCCAAGAAAAAACUAGGAACAAGUUCCAUAAUUGCUAUAGCAACUGGGGGAUCUGCAGUUCUGGUUUUUAUUCUUCUAGUAAUCUUCAUGUGCUGUUUGAAAAGAGGCGGAGAUGAGAAGAGCAAUGUAUUGAAAGGGAAAAUAGAGAGUGAGAAGCCUAAGGAUUUCGGAAGUGGUGUCCAAGAGGCAGAGAAGAACAAAUUGUUCUUCUUUGAAGGCUGUUCUUAUAACUUUGAUCUUGAGGAUCUGUUGAGGGCAUCAGCGGAAGUUCUUGGUAAAGGAAGCUAUGGAACAGCCUAUAAGGCAGUUUUGGAGGAUGGGACGACAGUCGUAGUUAAAAGAUUGAAGGAAAUUGUGGUUGGAAAGAAGGAAUUUGAGCAGCAGAUGGAGAUUGUAGGGAGGGUUGGACAGCAUCCAAGUGUUGCUCCUCUCCGUGCUUAUUACUAUUCCAAAGAUGAGAAGCUUUUAGUUUACAACUACAUGCCAACCGGUAGCUUCUUUGCGCUCUUGCACGGUAAUAGGGAAGAAGGAAGUAGUGCAGUGGAUUGGAAUGCAAGAAUGAAGAUCUGCCUUGGAGCUGCCAGGGGCAUUGCCCACAUUCAUUCUGAAGGUGGUGUCAAAUGUGUUCAUGGUAACAUCAAGGCCUCCAAUAUCCUCCUUACUCCUAAUCUUGAUGGUUGCAUCUCUGAUAUUGGCUUGACUCCUCUGAUGAACUUCCCUGCAACUGUUUCUCGAACCAUUGGAUACAGAGCUCCAGAGGUGAUCGAAACACGAAAGAUCAAUCAGAAGUCUGAUGUCUAUAGUUUUGGAGUUGUACUUCUUGAAAUGCUGACAGGGAAAGCCCCACUACAAGCUCCAGGGCGCGAAUAUGUGGUUGAUCUCCCAAGAUGGGUGCGAUCUGUGGUGCGGGAGGAAUGGACUGCUGAAGUGUUUGAUGUUGAGCUGAUGAAGUACCAAAACAUUGAAGAGGAGAUGGUGCAGAUGCUUCAGAUUGCAUUGGCCUGUGUAGCAAAACUAGCGGAUGCACGUCCCUCAAUGGAUGAAGUUGUUAGAAUGAUGGAGGGCAUUCGACAAUCUGAGUUGAAGGAUGAGCCAUCCCCUGAGGCUGAGUCUAAUGCCCAAACACCAUGAAAGUUUUACAAGUUUCUUUAUCGAAUUGACAUAUCAGAUACUGUCCGAUAUGUAAGCUUCUUCCGUAUCCUGUGCAGCCAUUCCAUUCUUGUUUCACUACCAAGUACUAGACUGUUAUCAUGACAGAUCAUAAUUAGGAGACUAAAUUCUUCAAAAAACCUCUUUCCAAAUUAUUAUGCUUUA